CAAGUCUGUGGGUCGGCAACGGGGCAGAGGCAGCGCAGCAGCUCGUCGAUCACAGGCAUCGAAGCUGCUCUCUCCAACUUGCUGUGGGGCCUCCAGGGAAGCUGCUUUCUCUUCAAAUUAAGGGGUGGGGUGGGGGCGGAUUGCUCCCGAAACCUUUUCAUCUGGACGGUAGAAAGCUGGGCAGCAUAGUCUGACUCCGGGGCAGUGGGAAAGCCUCGCUGGGGUUGGGAGGGGCAGGUGUAUCCCAGUCCCUUGGAGGAAAAGAAUUGAAAUCCAGGGUGGGUGCUAGGCCAGCUCUAGCUGGGGGGAAGAUUUUUUUUCCCCCUUGGAGAAGCCUCUGCGAGGGGACCAUGUGGUCUUGGCGCUUGUGGGUCUGUUGGGGACCUCUAGCUGCCUUGCUGCUCCUGGAGAUGCCACCCGUGGGCCAGGCACUGCCUCCUAUUCGGUAUUCUCACGCUGGGAUCUGCCCCAACGACAUGAACCCCAAUCUCUGGGUUGACGCUCAGAGCACCUGCAAGCGGGAAUGUGAAACGGACCAGGAGUGUGAGACAUAUGAGAAAUGCUGCCCCAACGUGUGCGGCACCAAGAGCUGCGUGGCUGCUCGAUACAUGGAUGUGAAGGGCAAGAAGGGCCCUGUGGGCAUGCCCCGGGAGGCCACCUGUGACCACUUCAUGUGCCUGCAGCAGGGCUCUGAGUGUGAUAUCUGGGAUGGCCAGCCUGUCUGCAAAUGCAAGGACCGAUGUGAGAAGGAACCCAGUUUCACUUGUGCUUCUGAUGGCCUCACUUACUAUAAUCGCUGCUACAUGGAUGCUGAGGCGUGCUCCAAAGGCAUCACUCUCACUGUAGUCACGUGCCGCUACCACCUCACCUGGCCCAAUACCAGCCCCCCACCACCAGAGACCACUCUUAGCCCUACAACGGUCUCCCCAGAAACUCCCAUGGUGGAUGUGGCAGCCCCAGCCCUGCUCAAUCACCCUCACCACCAGUCGGUCCGUGUAGGGGAGACAGUGAGCUUCCUCUGUGAUGUGGUGGGCCGACCUCGGCCAGAGAUCACGUGGGAGAAACAGCUGGAGGACAGAGAAAACGUAGUUAUGCGGCCAAACCACGUGCGUGGCAAUGUGGUUGUCACCAACAUAGCCCAACUGGUCAUCUACAAUGCCCAACCCCAGGAUGCUGGCAUCUAUACCUGCAUGGCUAAAAAUGCUGGGGGGCUCCUUCGAGUUGACUUCCCUCUGUCUGUGGUGCAGGGGGAGGUGUCAGGUUCAGAGCAUGGGCCAAAUGGGACGGCCUUCCCCAUGAAUGAAUGCCUGAAGCCGCCUGAUGGGGAGGACUGUGGGGAAGAACUGACCCGUUGGCACUACGAUGCCCAGGCUAACAACUGCUUCACUUUCACCUUUGGCAAUUGCUACCACAAUCACAACCACUUUGAGACCUAUGAGGCAUGCAUGCUGGCAUGCAUGAGCGGGCCCCUGGCUGUGUGUGGUCUGCCUGCCUUGCAGGGCCCCUGCAAAGCGUAUUCACCUCGCUGGGCAUACAACGGGCAGACCGGCCAGUGCCAGUCGUUCGUCUAUGGAGGCUGUGGGGGCAACGGGAACAACUUUGAGAGCCGAGAGGCCUGUGAGGAGACUUGCCCCUUCCCUCGGGGGAGCCAGCGUUGUAGGUCCUGCAAGGCCCGGCAGAAGCUGGUGACAAGCUUCUGCCGGAGCGACUUUGUCAUCCUUGGCAGAGUGUCAGAGGUGACAGAGGAGCCAGAUUCUGGACGAGCCCUCGUGACUGUGGAUGAGGUACUGAAGGAUGAGAAGAUGGGGCUGAAGUUCCUGGGCCAGGAGCCGCUGGAGAUCACCUUAUUGCACAUGGACUGGGCCUGCCCCUGCCCCAACGUCACUGUCAGUGAAGCGCCACUCAUCAUCAUGGGAGAAGUGGAUGGCGGCAUGGCAGUGCUUCGGCCAGAGAGCUUUGUGGGGCCUUCUAGUGUCAGACGGGUCAGGAAGCUGCGGGAGGUCUUGCACAAGAAGACCUGUGAGCUCCUUAAGGAAUUCCUUGGCCUUCACUGACCCUCCCUUUUCUGUGUACCACUCCUCCCUAGUCCUCUUUCGUCCCUUACCCCCUCCCCCAAAUUAUCUUCUUGAGCAUAAAUACACCUGUUGUAGUUAGGACCAACUCUGAGUCUUACUUAGGCCAACAAGAAAACUCCAAAAAAAAAAAAAAUCAAUCAGGAGCAAGCCACCAUUUCCUGAAGCUUCUCCUGAGAAGCAAAUCUCCAGUCCUGUUAAUUUUGUUUAGAAAGAGGUCAGCUUCUCUAGGCUUUCUCCAGCCUGGUGAUUUAAGAGGCAGCUUAGUGAUGUAGCCAGUUUUCUCUGGGGAUUUCCUCUAACCUUCCUUGGUAGCUUCUGCCUCUAUUCUAUUAUGCCUCUAAAAAAGGCAGACCUGAGCCUCAUUCUGGGUUCUGUAACAGUGAGAGAGAGAGAGAGAGAGAGAGAGAGAGAGACACACACAGACAGAGAGAGACAGAGAGAGAGAGAGAGAGAGAGAGAGAGGGAGUGUGUGUGUGUGUGUGUGUGUGUGUGUGUGUGUGUGUGAUAGUCACAGGAAAGACUAGAUAACCUGGAAGAGGGGAAAGAGAGAAAAUAGGGAACAGUUUGUCCUGGCCUUCUGUGGCCUUGUGGGGGCAGAAAUACCUUGAGUUAAAAUGGGUGUGGCUGCUCCAGGCUAAAAUCCAAGAUUGGUGGAGGGGAUGCUAGGGGAGGAGGGGGGAGAAUCCUCCACUUUGAGAGCAGAACCUAAAACAUGCCCCCAACUGGAGGCUGAUGGGAGCUUUGGAGGGCAGGCCAUCCCUCCCUCCACCUGGUGGGUGACCCAGUUUUCAUAUGUGGACCAGGUGUCUUUGGGUGGGAGCUAGUCUGUGCUUUGGAAAAACAUACCCUGGGGUGCUUAAUGUUACAAAGACAUCAACAGGGUACGUUUUCCUUCAGCUUGGCUGCUAGAGAAGGCUGGGGAAGCAGACCCAGUUCUGUUCUGUUCUGUCUUUGGCUGCAUCCCUGAAGGAAAGGUAAACAACACCCUAGAAAUCUCUAGCAGAGGCGGGGCAAAAGGGCCUGUUGUUUAGUUUCUGAUGCCCAUCACCCUAUUAUCCAGCUUAUGAAGAGCUGCAUUGCUGUACUCCCUCCCCAAGACUCCCCCAGAGGUACACUAAUUUCAGCAAAACUAAUUUCCACAGGGUCUACAGAACAUCAUUCCAGCCAGUCCAUGCCAAGCCCCGAACCCCAAAAUGGAGACUGGGGGACUUUAGGACAUAACCUUCUUUUAAGAGAUAACUGGGCAAGUUUCACUUGCCAGCCUAUCAUCUCUACAUUAGUGCAGGUUUCUAACUGGGGGAGUCCCCUGCCUGGAUAUACCAGCCUUAAGAGACACUAUCCUCAUUUCAUCCCAACUCAUUCCAGGCACGAGUGUAGGGGCAUACAUAUCAGACCUAACCAGAGCAAUUCUUGGAGACUUUCCUCUUGGAUACCAUUUUUUUUUGGUCUCAUUCCAUAGGUGGGGAAACUGAGGCAUGCAAUUUCCUUCUUUCUCCCCAACAGGAGUCCUGGGGUAGAUGUCCUGAUUUUUUUCUGGCUGAGAGUUUGGGCCUGUCUCCAGUAGCUUGCUCUGUUAGGAAAAUAAAUGGGACAAAAAUUAUAUUCUCCAGAUUCUAUCAUCUCAGUGUGAGUACUUGGGUGUUCCUAGGUGCACAUCACUUAACUAUCACCUGUAUCUAGAAAAUGCUCCUUUUUUGCCCUUUGUGUGUGUGUAUGCGCGCGCACACACACACACACACACACACACACACACACACAAACACAGAGUUUCUGAACAUGUCAAGAUCAGGAGCCACUUUGUUUUCCUAUUCUGAAAGUGACAUGGGGGACAAAAUCCAUUUCUAGAUACAGAUAUGGGAGAGGAAAAGAGCUAGAUGGGAGGAGGAAGGGGAGAGGGGCCAGUCUCUGAAGGGAUGGAAAUGUUGCUCACUGCUGCCAUCUGGAGGUCAAAUCAGGAAUCAGGAGGACAUUAGGCAUGAGAAUCAGAGCUCAGUCUAGAGAAAGAAAUUGAGACCCAGAGAAACUUGUCCAAGGACAUUAGCCAUGAGUGCCUAACUUCAUAGUAGGUGCUUAAUAAGUGGUUGACUGAUUGAUUAUUGACUGAUUGAGGAUCUGAGAUUAGAACAGGAAUCACGAGAAGUUAGGCUCAUCCCUCUGUUUUUGGAGCUUAGAAUACGAAGCCAUUCUGCCUAGCCAGACCUCAGAAAUCAUCUCAGGUCAUUUUCCAGGGAAGGCACCUCAGAUGAUUUAUCAUGGCCAGUCACCAUGAGAUGACUUAUCACUUGAUCAUGUAAUUUCUCCAACACAGCACACCUAAAGGAGUGAGCAUUUAUUCCUUAACUAGCGUCUUAUCUCAUCUUCAUUUCCUUCUGCUGAACCUUAAACAACAAAAAGUUGAACAGUGAAAUAUGUCUGAGUGAACAGAUCACCACACACACCCCUCCCUCUUUGCACCAUACCCCUCACCCCCUUGCCCCAUCAGGAGAGCACAGAGGGGAAGACCUGAGACCCUAACUACGAGAGGGUCACUGUGGGGAGUUUCUGUGUCUUUCCUGAGUGUCUGGAGAGAGAAGUAUAAUUAAAAGGUCAAAAUAUUUA